AACAAUUUUUAAUGAAAAAUUAUAAUAAUCAACAACAAAAUGAAUAUUCAACAAAAACGAAAAAUUCUUCUCUACAAAGAUAGUAUUGAUAAAAUUAUUUCGAAUGGAAUACAACCGAAUCUGAUUCGAUUGGAAAAAUGUUCGAAAAUUUUACGUUCGAAUCAAAUUUCCGAUAAACAUUCAACAAAAGAAUAUUUAAAUUCUCAUCACAUUAUAAAACAAUUACGUAAUAAUCUAAACGAAUUGGAAAAAUGUUAUAAAUUAUUGAAUGAAUUUACUGUCGACCCCGAAUAUGAUCGUAAAGUUAAUUUGAUUAAAAAUGAAGUUAUUCAAGCGAUUACUGCCUUUUCGAAAAUUAGUGGCCAAUUAAUCGAAGAAAAACGUUUUUCAAUCGUGGAUGAAUCAAAAAAUAUCGAACAUCACCAACAGCAGCCAAUACAAACCCAACAGGUUGAAAAAGAAGAAAAAAAUGUAGCCAAAAGUAAACAAACGUUACGUAAUGUACAAGCAUUACAUCAAGAUUUAGAAGAUUUACAUGAAAUGAUGGGAAAAUUUGGUCAAAUUGUUCAUGAACAACAAACACCGAUUGAUCAAAUUGAGCAGAAUAUUGAAAAUACUGUUGAAAAUGUACAUGAAGGAACACGAUCAUUAGCCAUUGCAGCAUCAUCAAGUGUUGUUCCGAUUGCAUGUGCAGCAGUUGGUGCAACAAUUUUCGGUCCAAUCGGUGCAUUGAUUAGUUUUAAAUUAUCCACCGGUAUUGUUUCGGCAAUUGGUGGUUCGGUUGCAUCAUAUUCAUUAGCAUCAUAUGUAAAAAAACGUAAUCAACAUAGCGCAGAAUUGGAAUUGACAAGUCUGUCGGAUGAAACAUCAACAACGACGAAGAAAAAAAGUCAAACCAUUGAUGAUAAUGCCGAAAAAUGAUCGCCUCAUUUAUAAUUUCAGCUGUGAUUUUUAUUUAGAAAAAUUAGUUAUUUUUUAUUUUG